AUGGAGACUCUGCUUGGUGGCCUGCUGGCGUUUGGCAUGGCGUUUGCCGUGGUCGACGCCUGUCCCAAGUACUGCGUCUGCCAGAACCUGUCUGAGUCACUGGGGACCCUGUGCCCCUCCAAGGGGCUGCUCUUCGUGCCCCCUGACAUUGAUCGGCGCACAGUGGAGCUGCGCCUGGGCGGCAAUUUCAUCAUCCACAUCGGCCGCCAGGACUUCGCCAACAUGACAGGGCUGGUGGACCUGACCCUCUCCAGGAACACCAUCAGCCACAUCCAGCCCUUCUCCUUCCUGGAUCUCGAGAGCCUGCGCUCCCUGCACCUCGACAGCAACCGGCUGCCCAGCCUGGGAGAGGACACCCUCCGGGGCCUGGUCAACCUGCAGCACCUCAUCCUCAACAACAACCAGCUGGGUGGCAUCGCUGAUGAGGCCUUUGAGGACUUCCUGCUGACACUGGAGGACCUGGACCUCUCCUACAACAACCUCCACGGCCUGCCCUGGGACUCCGUGCGGCGCAUGGUCAACCUCCACCAGCUAAGCCUGGACCACAAUCUGCUGGACCACAUCGCCGAGGGCACCUUCGCCGACCUGCAGAAACUGGCCCGCCUGGACCUCACCUCCAACCGGCUGCAGAAGCUGCCCCCAGACCCCAUCUUCGCCCGCUCUCAGGCCUCUGCUCUGACUGCCACGCCCUUUGCCCCCACGUUGUCCUUUAGUUUCGGGGGGAACCCACUGCACUGCAAUUGCGAGCUUCUCUGGCUGCGGAGGCUCGAGCGGGACGAUGACCUGGAGACCUGUGGCUCCCCGGGGGGCCUCAAGGGCCGGUACUUCUGGCAUGUACGUGAGGAGGAGUUCACUUGCGAGCCACCUCUCAUCACCCAGCACACACACAAGCUCCUGGUUCUGGAGGGCCAGGCCGCCACACUUAAAUGCAAGGCCAUUGGGGACCCCAGCCCCCUCAUCCACUGGGUGGCCCCCGAUGACCGCCUGGUGGGGAACUCGUCCAGGACUGCCGUGUACGACAAUGGCACCCUGGACAUCCUCAUCACCACGUCUCAGGACAGCGGUGCCUUCACCUGCAUUGCCGCCAAUGCCGCUGGAGAGGCCACGGCCACCGUGGAGGUGUCCAUCAUCCAGUUGCCACACCUCAGCAACAGCACCAGCCGCACUGCACCCCCCAAGUCCCGCCUCUCAGACAUCACUGGCUCCAGCAAGACUAGCCGGGGAGGUGGCAGCAGUGGGGGCGGGGAGCCUCCCAAGAGCCCCCCUGAACGGGCAGUGCUUGUGUCCGACGUGACCACCACCUCGGCCCUGGUCAAAUGGUCAGUCAGCAAGUCAGCGCCCCGGGUGAAGAUGUACCAGCUGCAGUACAACUGCUCCGACGAUGAGGUACUGAUUUACAGGAUGAUCCCAGCCUCCAACAAGACCUUCGUGGUCAACAACCUGGUGUCCGGGACUGGCUAUGACUUGUGCGUGCUGGCCAUGUGGGACGACACGGCCACGACACUCACGGCCACCAACAUCGUGGGCUGCGCCCAGUUCUUCACCAAGGCCGACUAUCCACAGUGCCAAUCUAUGCACAGCCAGAUCCUGGGUGGCACCAUGAUCCUGGUCGUCGGGGGCAUCAUCGUGGCUACACUGCUGGUCUUCAUCGUCAUCCUCAUGGUGCGCUACAAGGUCUGCAACCAUGAAGCCCCCAGCAAGAUGGCAGCCGCUGCUGUCAGCAACGUGUACUCACAGACAAAUGGGGCCCAGCCACCUCCCACGGGCAGCGCUCCCAGUGGGGCCCCCCCACAGGGGCCGCCCAAAGUGGUGGUGCGGAAUGAGCUGGCUGAGUUCAGUGCCAGCCUGGCCCGGGGCAGUGACUCCUCUUCCUCCAGCUCCCUGGGCAGCGGGGACCCAGCGGGGCUAGGACGGGGCCCCUGGAGGCUCCCACCCCCUGCCACCCGCCCUAAACCCAAUAUUGACCGCCUGAUGGGGGCCUUUGCCUCCCUGGACCUCAAGAGUCAGAGAAAGGAGGAACUGCUGGACUCCAGGACUCCAGCCGGGAAUGGGUCCGGGACAUCGGCCAGGGGCCACCACUCGGACCGAGAGCCACUGCUGGGGCCACCUGCAGCCCGGGCCAAGAGUCUGCUCCCCUUGCCCCUGGAGGGCAAGACCAAACGCAGUCACUCCUUUGACAUGGGGGACUUUGCAGCUGCAGCAGCGGGAGGGGUCGCCCCUGAUGGUUACAGCCCCCCUCGGAGAGUCUCAAACAUCUGGACAAAGCGCAGCCUCUCUGUCAAUGGCAUGCUCUUGCCUUUUGAGGGGAGUGACCUGGUGGGGGCCCGCGGGACUUUUGGCAGCUCUGAGUGGGUAAUGGAGAGCACCGUGUAG